CAACAGAUGAAAGCGCUGUUAUCUAUAAAUUCAAAUAGUUAGACCGUUUACAACAUUAUAAUUUUAGUUCGCUAAGGGGCUACGACAAUUGUAGCCAUGAGGGGAAUACUAAUAAUAGCUUUAAUAAUAUGCGCAUUUACUCUGACAUAUGCUCGUCACGUGAAAACAGAGGAUGUGGCACCUGAAAAACAAUUAGAUCAGGCACCGGCAGGAACGGAACACAAAGAAGCAAAGAGUAAAGAUAGUCACAAAGAAGAAGGCGGUGGUCACGAACACCACGCACAUCAUCAUAAGGAAGACGGUGAGAAAGGAGACAAAGGCUAUAAAUCCCAUCAUCAUCAUGAUAAGGGUGAUCACGGCCAUCAUGAGAAACAUCAUCACGAAGGUCAUCAUGAUGAACAUGGGGGACACAAAAAAAAACAUCACGAUGAAGAUGAUCAUCAUGGAGAACAUCAUGAGGCCGAACACGGACACAAAGGUGGAAAGUUUGGCCACAAGAAAGGUCAUAAGAAGGGUUCCAAAACAACUGGCUUCCACCACAAAUCCCAUAAAGACGAAUAUCAUAAGGAACAUAAGUUCUAUGAUGACUUCCACAAGGGUGGCAAUCACCAUAAGCACGGUGACUUCCAUGGCCAUCAUGACAAGAAAGAGGGACAUCACAAAAAGGGAGGACAUCACGAAAAAGGUCACCAUGAGAAACAUCAUGGGAAGCAUGGUAAACACGACAAAGGGCACUAUGAUGAAGACCAUAAAGGUCAUAAAGGUCAUCAUGGACAUGAAGAACAUCACGCACAUCAUCAUGACCACGGUAAGAAGGAAGGCCAUGCAGGUGGUAAGGAAUUUGGUUAUAAACAUGAAAAGAAAGCUUAAACAACUUUAUUUCAAUAUGAUAUAUUAUAUAGUACAUACUACAUUUUAUACUUCAUUAAUAUUUUUAACUUGUAAAGGUAAAAAAUCAAUGAUGGACUUUGUUAUUUGUUGUUAAUAAAUUGUUUUUAUUAUU